ACUCCGACUUGGAGGGGCGGCCCCCCGCCUAGCCCCCCCGGCGCGACCCCCGAGCCCCCCGAGCCGGGCCUGAGGCGGCGGCGGAGGAGGAGGAGGAGGAUGUCGGAGGAGCCCGAGGCGGAGAGGAUGAUCAAGGAAACUUCUAUUUUGGAAGACUACCACAUUAACUGGACUCAGAAGCUGGGAGCUGGAAUCAGCGGCCCAGUAAGAGUCUGCAUCAAAAAAUCGUCUCAAGAACGGUUUGCACUGAAAAUCCUUCUUGAUCGCCCAAAAGCGAGAAAUGAGGUCCGACUUCACAUGAUGUGCGCGGCACACCCCAACAUCGUCCAGAUUAUUGAAGUCUACGCGAACAGUGUACAGUUCCCCCAUGAGUCCAGUCCAAGGUCUCGACUGCUAAUUGUUAUGGAGAUGAUGGAAGGGGGUGAGCUGUUUCACAGAAUCAGCCAACAUCGGCACUUUACUGAGAAACAAGCAAGCGAAGUAACAAAGCAGAUCGCUUUGGCUUUGCAGCACUGUCAUUCUUUAAACAUUGCCCAUCGAGACCUUAAACCUGAGAAUCUUCUUUUCAAAGAUAAUUCUUUGGAUGCUCCCGUGAAGCUCUGCGACUUUGGGUUUGCCAAGAUCGACCAAGGUGACUUGAUGACACCACAGUUCACUCCUUAUUACGUAGCACCUCAGGUUCUGGAGGCACAAAGACGGCAUCAGAAAGAAAAGUGCGGUAUUAUCCCUACCUCACCAACCCCGUACACUUAUAACAAGAGCUGUGACUUAUGGUCCCUGGGCGUCAUCAUUUAUGUGAUGCUGUGUGGGUACCCGCCGUUCUACUCAAAGCAUCACAGCCGGACAAUUCCGAAGGACAUGAGAAAAAAGAUCAUGACGGGAAGUUUUGAGUUCCCGGAGGAAGAGUGGAGCCAGAUCUCAGAAAUGGCGAAAGACAUUGUGCGCAAGCUGCUGAAGGUGAAGCCAGAAGAGAGGCUGACGACGGAAGGCGUUCUGGAUCACCCGUGGCUCAACUCGACCGAGGCGCUCGAUAACAUACUGCCUUCUGCCCAACUGAUGAUGGACAAGGCCAUGGUUGCUGGGAUCCAGCAGGCACACGCAGAGCAACUGGCAAACAUGAGAAUACAGGAUCUCAAAGUAAGCCUCAAGCCCCUGCACUCGGUCAACAACCCGAUCCUGCGCAAGAGGAAACUGCUGGGAACAAAACCAAAGGAAAGCGUAUACAUCCAUGAUCCUGAGAACAGCAGCAAAGACUCCAAUGUUGCUCUGGAGAAGCUACGGGAUGUGAUUGCUCAGUGCAUCCUGCCACAGGCUGGUAAAGGAGAAAACGAAGAUGAGAAACUGAAUGAAGUUAUGCAGGAAGCUUGGAAGUAUAACCGGGAAUGUAAAUUACUCAGAGACACCCUGCAGACUUUUAGCUGGAAUGGUCGAGGAUUUACAGACAAAGUGGACCGGCUAAAACUGGCAGAAAUAGUGAAGCAGGUCAUUGAAGAGCAGACAACCGCUCACGAGUCGCAGUAGUUGGAGCUGCUUGUUCUUAUCAAAUCACACCUAUUCUCACCCGUUCGUUUUUUGUUUUUUGUUUUUUUUUAAAGACCAUUUUGUGAAAUUAUCUGUUCAAGCAGCCUUGCCCAACCGGGCGCCUUCCCAAAUGUUCUGGUUUGGGAUGACAAGGGCGGAAAGCACCCAGCUGGGCAAGGCUGCUGUAAACUGUAAAAAGUAUUUUUAUGUAAAUUAAUAAGUCAUAAUUAUUUCAUUAAAUUUCCACGCAGCUUGAGAAAUGCUGUAUAGAUGUAGAUAAUGAGAAUCAUUGGUACUGUAAUAUUUUUUUAAGAAACUCGGUUCCUCAAAAUUAUAUAUAUAUAUAUAUUAUAUAUAUAUUACAUGAUUUUUAUGUAGCCCUUCAUUCAUGAUUUUAAAUGGGGCAAAUGAUUAAUUGUGUUCUCCUGAGAAUCCAGAUGAGGCAAUAUCUCUCCAGCUGCCUGUCACCAGUGGUGCACCAGCUCAGUUCUGGGGGUCUCGCUUGGCCUUCAGCUCGAUAAAUUACUUGAAGAAACCAGCCAGAGACGUAUGGGCUACUCAGCUGCCUGGUGAUUCAAGGCAGCCCUAUAAAAAGUGGGGAUUUAUUAAAAUAUAGCCCAGUGUUUCCAGGUCCUGAGGCCCAUUUCCUUGAGCCAAGAGUUACCUUUUCCUCUGUUUUGUACCGCGAAGCAAAGGAGGACAGAAAUGGGAGCUUGUGGGUUUUUACCUGUUCAGCCAAGGGAGAAAUGUGAUCUCUCGGACAGCAGAUUUGCUGGUUUGAAGCCUGGGAACAGCCCCACAGAACUACUACAAAGGUACCGUUCCCUUUGUCCUGCGGCCGCUGAAAUGCCGAUCCCAGGUUAUAUGCGGGCUUCUCAUUGGCCACCACGACUCUGCGGUUUGCUAUCUCUGGGAUAAUGGUGGUUUUUGUUUUUUUUAAUCUUUCCUGCGUCAUUUUCAUAUCCUUGGCCGGCUUCUAUUUCUGCUUUCUGGGCUCAUCCUUCAAAUGCUUUUCUUGUGGACUUUGUGUAUGACGGCUGCUGGUUGCAUUCCUGCAGUUUUUAUCGGGAGCCAUUUGAUGGGAAGGCCUUGCAAGCGUCUGGCUUUAGCCUUGGUUUUAGUUCUUUAGUUUUUACCAGGAAGAUUUUGCCGCUAGAAGGACUGUUAGGGCUAAAAACCACAUCGGGAAAGCUGGAAUCUCUGUCUGUAGCGUCAGUUCAGUUGAUCAUCUCAGGACUUUACAUCUGGUCUGCAAAUGUACAAAGAGAACAGGGCGGGAAAUGCCCAUAAGGAUAAAAGAUGCCACACCAGAGAAGGAGCCGUUUAAUCUGGAGAAACAAAGUCCUCGGCCAGAAAAAAAACAAACCCCUGCAGAAGUCGGAAAAUGUUUUUCAGGCUUGCAGAAGGUCAAUAUGAGGCGAAUUUUAGCGCCAGCUUGUCGAUAAUUUUCUGCUGCAAUUAAUUUCUUCAGUCACUCUGAAACAGGAGAGUCUGGUCCUUCUAUGUACAUACAGUCAUUUCCCACCAAGGAUGCCCGGGAGGUGGCAUUCAGUUUUUCUGCGGCAAACAGCAUUCAUGGUUUGGGAAAUAUUUAAUAAGCCUUUUCUUUGAGGCUUCCCUUUCUCUGUUCUCUCUAGCUUGCAAGAAGUUUUUUAAGGGUUGGACUGUGGCUGAUGAGAAUAGCUGACCACAGCCGUGAGGUCCUUUUUGUAGACGUACUAUAUGCAAGACAUACUUGUCCUUGCUUCAGUCUCCCCAGCCCGUCCUCCUCCAGCUGAGGAAGGGUUGGAAAUCCCAAGAAUUCCAUGGGAAGGGGCUGGAUCCACAAACGGCUGCUCCCAAAAGACAGAGCCCCCACCCCCCCCACCCCCGAGACCAGGUUCAUCUUUUGGAAGAUAACAGGGAAGUCAAGACUGCCACCAGAAAAGGAGGCUGAAGAUGAAAUACUUGUUUAGUUGAAUUUUUGUUCCAACUAUUCCGGGGAAUUUUUUUGAAAUUAUUUUUUACUUUUUCUCUUUGCCUGCCACCAUUACUCAUUUGAAGGUGGCUCAGCGUCUGGGCUGUUCGGAUCAAUUAUCCUUUGCAUCUGUUGUAUGUACUACUAAUUGAAAAGUGGGAGAAUCUCUUUCUCUCUCCCAGCAGCAUUGGCAGCUCUGCGAUUGGCUUCUGAGAAGUGCCUGUCUCAGUUCUUGCCGUCUCUGCCGAUUGGGCUAAAGAGGAACCUUCACGCAGGAUAGGAAUUCAUCUGCCGUGGUGGCUACUUGGUGGGAUACGGAUGGAAGUCGUGUCCCUCCCCUCCCCCCCCCGCCCCGCCCCGAACGAUGCAUUCAGUUCUGACUUUGCACCUUUCUUGCGUUCAUUCUGCCUGACGCUGCAAAUGCAUUCGCUUUCCCUGACUCCAGAUGGAUUGGGACUACAGCUUUCAACGCUGGGGGUUGGGCACUGUAGUCCAGCGUGUUUGGAGAGCCUCUGCUUUGGGAAGGCUGCUGUAAGAAUAGCUGUGGUCGUCAGAAACCCACUUUCCCUUAGUGAGGCAGGGGGAGAAGGUAUCUUUUAUAAAAACACGACGGUAUGCCUUGGUGGUCCUGGAUUUUACUGGGCUUCCCUUGCAAAGCUUUUCAUAUUCAUCUCCAUCUUCAUUUCUUUCUUGUACCCAUGGAAGGAAAAAUCAGCACCCUCGCUUACGAUGGGCGAAACCCCUGGUGAUGAUUGCUGGUCCUUAGAGACAGAAUCCACGAGAAAAUAGUUUUGAGAGCGGGAAUGGCAUCGUGCAUGUAUGUUUUCGGCCACCGCAUAGCUGACCUCGGCUGCUAAGGUUCCGUCACGCCUUCCUCAUCCUCGUUUUGCUUUCCUCACUUUUAAGCAUUUUGCUGUAUCACGGUUUUUGUUUUUCGAAUCAGUAUUAUAUGAAUGUAAAUAUUAUGCAUUGGUGUACAUAAAAUAAUUUUAGUAAAAUUUAUCAAAA